GGGGCUUUCUUGGUGUGCUGUGUUUUUUCUCACACCGUGGUGAGAUUUCAACAGCUGUAAAUUUUGAACUUUGGGUGGGGUUAAGCCCAAGUGCUGCUACAGCUACCUGCGGGGCAAAGUGCUGCUUUCUCUGUCUCUCAUGGGGAGUUUGCAACACAGCUACUGUCAGAUUGCUCCGUGUUUGGGUUUAGGUGGCUGUUCUGCAGUUCGCUUGCCCUCGCACACCUCUAUCUGUAGAAGUCUUAAAAGGGCGUGGCACAACUGGUUUGCUUGACAGACAAUGAACUCUGCAAAGAGGCAUUUCGGAGGAAGUAAAAUGCUGAGGGAUCAAGGGGAAUAAAUAGAUAAAUCCUCGGAGGGCAUGGCAUUAAUCCUUGGGCAGACUUUUGGGGAAAAAGAUUUGGGAGUGAAGGAAAGAUGAAGUUGGAGACAUUUGAGCAAGUCAAUUCUGUAAUACAUCCUAAAGUUGAGUGUUUUGUGCAGAUAGGAGGUCUCUAAAUUGGUUUAUACUGACAUGGAUUCCUUGGCUUACCAGUUUCAGAACGCUGUGGGAGUUCUUUUGAUCUGCCAGUAGACUCUGCAAGUGAAUGAGAGCUUCUCUCUACAGAACUGAGGUGAAGAGCUUCACCAUGGGUCAACAGAUUUCAAACCACACACAAACUGUAAUUAACAAGUUACCAGAAAAAGUAGCAAAGCAUGCCUCUUUGGUUCAAGAAAGUGGUUUCCUAACGUAUGAAGAGUUUCUGGGAAGAGUAGCUGAACUCAAUGAUAUUACUGCAAAAUUGGCUUCUGGACAAGACAAACAUCUGUUAUUUGAAGUACAGCCUGGGUCUGAUUCUUCUGCUUUCUGGAAGGUGAUUGUUAGGAUAAUAUGUACCAAAAUAAAUAAAACAAGUGGCAUCGUGGAAGCUUCCAGAAUCUUGAACUUAUAUCAGUUCACUCAGCUUUACAAAGACAUCACCAGUCAAGCAGCAGGAGUUCUUGCACAGAGUGACACUUCUGAAGAAGCUGCUGAGAGUUGGAUGUCUGUGUCUUCCUGUCAGGCCAGCUUGUGGAUGGGAAGGGUAAAACAGCUGACAGAUGAAGAGGAAUGUUGCAUCUGCAUGGAUGGCCGUGCUGAUUUAAUCCUGCCAUGUGCUCACAGUUUCUGCCAGAAAUGCAUUGAUAAAUGGAGUGACCGCCACAGAAACUGUCCCGUGUGCCGCCGGCAGGUGACGGGGGCAGGAGACUCCUGGGUGGUGUCAGAGGCCCCUACAGAAGAUGACAUUGCCACUUACAUCCUGAACAUGGUGGAUGAGGCGGGGCAGCCCCACAGACCCUGACCCUCCCCACCAGGCUGAUCACGGCAGAACCACUUGAAGCUUUUGUUGUCCCCAGCGUCUGGAUUUACCUCUCCUUGCCGUUCUUCCAGUCUGUCCUUUCCUUCUCCUCUUGGCUGCUGUGAGUCUGCACUGCUCUCCUGAAGCACAGGGUGUCUGAGCAAGUCUCUGUGUGUGCAGUCUUCGUUAUUAAACAGUUCUAUCAGCAAACUCUUUGAUCAUUAACACAGUUUACUUUAACAGCGGCGUUUGAUAUUAAUUAACAGUUCAACUACUCGAUGAAGCAACUUGUAACAGCACAACUACAGCUGCAAACUGCUGUUUGAGCAUCACAGUGUACUGCUACAGAGUUGAACCAUGGCAGAUGGCUUGACCUCACAGUUCCUACCCUCCAAAGCAGUCCCUUAUUCACAGCUAAUGUGAAUGAAGAUGAUGAGUUAGCAUAGUGGUUAUUAAUUUGAAAUUUUACUCUUGAAACUUGAAGAUGUCCCACUGCCUGUUCUUCAGUAGGAAGUUAUUGCUGCUCUUAGUGUUUACAUAUACUUAAUCUGAUUUGUUAUGACUUUUAGUAUUAAUUGUUUUAAAUCUGUUUUGGAGAGUGUAAGCACAUCUGUAAAUGUAUUUGUGCACUUCCCCUUAUUCUAACAAGACUUAUCUCUUAGAAUAUUUUUUUAAAUAUGAUAUUUAGUAUAGUCUUACUAGCUCGGAAACAUGAAACCGUUUCAUACACAAUCCUAAAAGCAGUAAAUCAGCUUCUCAGUAGUUUUUGAUAAAGAAAAGCUAAAACUAUUUCUAAACAUUGGGCAUAUCUGAAGAGAAUGCCUUUAUUUGAAUUAGCACUUAAGGUGUAGUUUAGUCUGAUGCUGUGGUUUUAUCUGCUUCUCUUGAGUUUCUGAAGUGAUGAGAUCAGAGUUAAAAGGUAUAUGAAGAGUUACAAGUGAUAAUCUAAGUAAGGGUGCUCUACUUUAUAUCUACAAGUGCAAUAUGCUUUUAUGUAGCAGAGGGAAACUUCUUCAACAAUAAUGUGGCUUGGAGAGAGAUGUGCAUGUGACAGCUUGGAAAAGGGGUAUCAUAACUGGAGUGCAACAGUAUUUUGUGUCUAGCAGAAUAAAGUCUUUAAAGAGCUGAGUUUAGACAGUCUAAAAUAGUAUUCAGGAAACCCAUCUUAAGCAUCUUGUGCAUAAAUAGCAUUAUGGAAAUGAAUGGCUACUGUAGAGAAUUAAUUUAUAUAUAUAUAAACAAAUACUACUUUUUCUCACUCAGUAACCUCAAGUUAAAAUAUUCAAGUGUAGCAUUUGGGGGAGGAUCAGCAUAAACCUUGCUUACUGUGAGACUGCAUUUUUCCUUACCAUACCUGUUAAAAUUCCAUGAUGCCAUAAGGCUUAAGUCCUUUUAUCACAGACAGGUUCUGAACUAAAAGGCAUGUGCACGUGUAGAUAUGCACAUUUUGGUUAUUUUUCUUAAUUGGCUAUAAAAUAACUUAAUUACAUCAAUUUGUUAAAGAAUGUACAUGGGAAAUGGCACCCAUUUGAGCUUGGCUUAUGACACCAUUGUCAAAUUUGCCACAGGUUUUAAGCCAGAGAAGCAAUGUACCCUUCAUGUGUCUGUCAUCUGAGAGCCAGUAUUUUAGUGUGUAAAUCUGUAUUUAGCUAUGGAAAAAUCCUUUUAUUAGGAGUGUAUAUAACUGAGAUUUUUUUUUUUCCCUCCUCCUUUCUUAAGCCAUUGAUAGCAAUGAGAUAUUCAGUAAAUGUAUGGAGUGUUUGGUUGCAUAAAGGUGGUUAUUGUUUGGGCUGGAAAUUGUUACUGGCCCAGGAUUUCCCAUGAAAACAUGUGCAAAUAUUCCUAAUCAUGCACCAGUUUGGUUUCUUUUUGCUUUUUUGAGCUUGCAUUAGUCCAUGUUCAGAACUUUCAAAUAACCUUUGAAUUUUUUAAACUUUUUAUAUCACUGGAACAGAAAGAACAUCUAAAUGAAAGCUUCAAGCUAACUUUAUUUUUCAAGUACUUCAAGAAUUAUACUUCUGAACUGAGAUUUUAUAAGUUGACUUUCUGCUGAGAACUUACAUGAACUUCUUAAAAUGUAAUUUUAUAAUGAUGCAAACAGGUUAUUAAUUGCAGCAUAAUGGCAAUUACAAUAUAAACUAAUGCAAAAAUUAUUUAAAUAGUGAAAAAGUAAACUUUUUAUUCUGUACAGCUUUUUUAAAUUAAGUUGCUGUAAUUCACACUGCUGUGAUGUAGGUACUGUAAUGUGUGCCUUGUAAAAUAUAUGUACUGUAUGUUAUAUGGAGAAAUAGAUACUUUAACACUAAAAAACUAGUAAUUUGGUACUGGUUGGUAUUACUUAGUCUGAAGUGCAACAUUUAGCAAACAAUUUUGGAAAAGGAAUCCAUUGGCAUGGACAUGGCAAUGAGUUCCAGAAGCUAGACCUUGAAAAUGUGAAUUACUGCAAAUAGCUGUUGAUGGGGCAGGGGGGGCAUUAGAACAAAUUAACUUGUGUUAAGUGAACAUUUCUUACAGGUUUAAUGUGAAAUUGUAACUUAAACAUUAGAGAUGGUAUUAAUAGCUAAGAACAUUCCACUAUAUUUAACUUUGUGUAUGAAUUGUGCAAUAAAGUUACUUUGAAAGAAAUGUCAGAGUUCUUUUAAGCUUAAGGAAUCCUUGGCUUUAGUACCAUUGAAGUCUGAAAACUGAGUUUUG